ACGGCGUUUUCAUUAGGCACGUGAGUCUGUUCUCUUUUCGCCUCUCUCUUUUUCUUCCCAUGGCGGGUUCUUUUCCUUCCCGUGGUUGCUAUACUUGUGGUUCACCUCAUCAUUUCUUUCGGGAAUGCCCUCAGCGAUUCGACGGUCAACGUCCUCCGGCGACCGGCGCUAAUGUUGUCCCUACCGGGCAGCCUUUGCUCGCUCUUCCGACACCGGCGUCGAAUGGAGAAGUCUUGCCUCCUGCUACUCAGCAAGCUGUCGGCAACUUCGGGGGUGGAUACCACAAUAACGGUUACCAGUACGGAGGGUCGCCUCGUAGCAAUUUUUGGAAGACUAACCAAGAGCGGCUCGACAAGGUGUACAAUAAAUAUCUGGCUGACACGGAGAAAGAAUCCAAGCAAAAGGAGGAGGAGGAGCGGGUUAGGAAGAACAAGGAGGAGGAGGAGAAGAGAGAGGCAUGGAGGAAAGAACGUGAGAAAUUGGAAUCAGAAAUGGCUGCGAGAAUUGAUAAGCGAUUGGAUUUGGUAUGUCAGUCAGUUAAGGUUAACCAUCAGACCGAGGGAGAAAGUAACACGAGAGGGGAAGAUGAGGUUGUUAGGCUGAAGCGGGAGAACGAAGAACUAAAAAGGGCGCUAUGGGGUGACAGCGAUGAUGGCAAAGUUGGCAGGCUUGAACGAGAGAUUUUUGAAUUACGCAAGCAAGUGAAUGAGAAGGAGAAUAGGAGAGAUGAAAUAGUGGCACUCAAGCAUGAGAUUCAGCAACUGCGUGAAUCAGCGGUUAAGGAGCAGGAGGUAGUUGGGCUUAGGAAACAACUAGAGGACCUUCGUAUUGAGGCACGACAGUGGAAGGACGAGGAGCUACGACCGGGGAACAAGCGGGGCAGCAUUGCUAUGUCUACUCCGGUUACUAAUGUUCGGGCGUCAUCUAGGCCUCGUCAGACUAGAGACAACGACCAUGAGCAAGACAAUUGGAGAUCCGAGUACAGGAAGCUGCAGAGUCUGCAGAGGGCAGAUUUCUUGGAAGUGGAGGCGCUUAAGAAGAAAAGGGCAUAAACUGAGAUGAAGGUUAUUAACCUGCAGAAGCAGAUGAGUUAACUGAAGGCUAACGAGGGGGAAAGGGAGAAGACACAGGGAGGGACAAACCUGAAAGAGAAAUUGGAGGCUGUGGCGCUUGGGACGGCCCGGAAAGGCAGGAAGGCCACCCCGAAUCGCGAGGGGUUGGGACACAUGCCAUGUUGCGAGGACGAGCCCAAGCAUGGUUAUAAUGAUCGCACUACUUUCAUCGAAGAACAAACCAAAUUUCUGAAG